AUGGCGGAGGUGGAUCCAGAGACGCUGCUCGUGCUGAACAUGGGCCAGGGUGAUGAGAGGGACAUGCAGCUCAUUGCACUCGAACAACUCUGCAUGUUGCUGCUCAUGUCAGACAAUGUCGACCGAUGCUUCGAAAGUUGCCCGCCGCGCUCGUUUCUGCCGGCUUUGUGCCGCAUCUUUUUGGACGAAUGCGCGCCGGACGCCGUGUUGGAGGUGACAGCACGCGCCAUUACAUACUACCUGGACGUGAGCGCCGAAUGCACGCGACGCAUAGUGGCUAUGGACGGCGCCGUCAAGGCCAUCUGCCAGCGUCUCAUUCUGCCCGCGCAGCAGGUCGCCAAGGAGCGUACCAGUCGCGAUCUUGCCGAACAGUGCAUCAAGGUUUUGGAGUUGAUCUGCACGCGCGAAGCCGGCGCGGUGUUCGAGGCGAACGGCCUGCAGUGCGUGCUGUCGUUCAUUCGCGACCACAACGCGCAUGUGCACAAGGACACACUGCACUCGGCGAUGGCGGUGGUGUCGCGUCUCUGCACCAAAAUGGAGCCGGCCGACGCGUCGCUGCCAUUUUGUGUCCAGUCGCUGUCCACCCUUCUGCACCACGAGGACAGUCAUGUCGCUGACGGCGCGCUCCGCUGUUUUGCUUCCUUGUCUGAUCGGUUUACUAGACGAGGAGUUGAUCCGGCACCAUUGGCGGAACACGGUCUGGUGGGCGAACUGCUGACUCGGCUGUCUAACGCUGCCGGUCCCGCCGGCACCACAGCGGCGACCACGCCCUGUCCCAACACCAGCUCCUCGGCGCCAGGUGCGGAGACCAAGUCGCCCGCCUCUGUCUCCACCAUCAUCAGUCUCCUGUCGGCGCUGUGUCGCGGGUCGCCUACUAUCACACACGACCUAUUACGAUCAGAAUUACCAGAAGCCAUAGACAAAGCUUUGAAAGGCGAUGAAAGAUGUUGCCUGGACACGAUGCGACUGGUAGACCUGUUGCUAGUGUUGCUGUUCGAGGGCAGGAAGGCGCUGGCAAGGGGCGGCGCCGGCAGCACUGUGGGGGCGGGGUGCGGAGGAGGCGUUGGGGGCGGUCAACUGCCCCCCAGGUUGCGACGCAUGGACUCGGCCGGCGAGAAGUCGCAUCGACAGCUGAUUGACUGUAUCCGUAGCAAGGACACUGAUGCGCUUAUAGAGGCUAUUGAUACUGGAGGCAUUGAGGUGAACUUCAUGGACGACGUUGGCCAGACUCUGCUCAACUGGGCGUCUGCUUUUGGAACUCAGGAAAUGGUCGAGUUUUUGUGUGAUCGAGGUGCCGACGUCAAUAAAGGCCAGCGUUCGUCGUCGCUCCACUAUGCCGCCUGCUUCGGCCGCCCGGCCAUCGCCAAAGUGCUGUUGCGUCACGGCGCCAACCCGGAUCUGCGUGACGAGGACGGAAAGACGCCGCUAGACAAGGCCAGGGAACGCGUCGACGAGGGCCAUCGUGAAGUCGCUUCCAUCCUGCAGUCUCCAGGCGAAUGGAUGAUACCUGCUGACAAAGACAAGAAAUGUGAGCAAAUAGAACCGGAAGAGUCGUGGGAACCAAAGGGAGAUCCAGAGAUGGCUCCAGUUUACCUCAGGCGACUGCUGCCCGUAUUCUGCAAUACAUUCCAAUCGACAAUGCUCGCUUCUGUCAGGAAAGCAAGUCUCAGCCUCAUUAAGAAAAUGGUGCACUACAUUCAGCCAUCAAUACUAGUUGAGGAAUGCACCUCAGAGCCGGCAGUUUUCAAUCUAGGAACAACUCUUGUUGAAGUCAUAGCUACAGUUCUAGACAAUGAGGAUGACGAAGAUGGUCACCUAGUUGUGUUACAAAUAAUCGAAGACUUGAUGCUGAAGGCGCAGGACGUUUUCUUGGACCAUUUUGCCCGCUUGGGAGUUUUCUCGAAGGUGGCCCAGCUAGCUGGACCACAGGACAGCUCCUCCACACCAACGCCGAUCACUCAACCCGAGACACUCCUCGCCAAGAAGGAAGACAACCAAGAAGAAACUGAGCCUGAAUCAGUGCUAGAAGACGCAAAGGAGAUGUUGCCAGGCAAGGCGUAUCACUGGCGUGACUGGUGUCUGUGCCGUGGCCGCGACUGCCUCUACGUCUGGUCGGACGCCGCCGCACUCGAACUGUCCAACGGCAGCAACGGCUGGUUCCGGUUCAUCCUCGACGGAAAACUGGCAACAAUGUACUCGAGCGGCAGUCCCGAGGGUGGCACCGACACCACUGAAAACCGAGGCGAGUUCUUGGAGAAGCUGCAACGAGCAAGAGUGCAGGUGAAGCCGAAUUCUCCCAGUCAGCCGGUGUUGUCGCGUCCCGGCCCUGCACGCCUUGUCGUCGGCAACUGGGCGUUGUCCAGUCGCAAGGACGGCGAACUGCAUAUUCACAACUCUGACGGACAACAGCAAGCGACAAUUCUGAAGGAAGAUUUGCCGGGCUUCAUAUUCGAGUCGAACCGGGGCACAAAACACUCAUUCACCGCCGAGACGUCGCUGGGCCCCGAAUUCGCGGCCGGCUGGACGGGCAAGCGCGGCAAACGGUUGCGCUCAAAGAUCGAGGCCAUGAAGCAAAAGGUUAAGGUGCAGGCGCAAGAGAUUUACGACAAAUAUUUCAAGGCCGCUCAGGCUCAACCGAGAGGAGUGGUGGCCAAGCUAGGCUCUAUUGUAGCACAGAUCGAGAUAUCAUGGACUGAACAUCACAUGCGCAACCGCGAGAACGGUGCCGGCUGGCGUGAGAUCCUACAGUCGGCGUUGACCGAGCUGACCGCCUUGCUGCAGGAGGAAGGCCUAGUGUCGGCCUACGAGGUUCACAGCAGCGGCCUCGUGCAGGCCUUGCUGUGUCUGCUGGCCACGUCGCCCUGGGACCACGGCAGCACGCCCUACAAAACCAACAAACUGCAGAAGCAGCGUGUGGCGCUGUUCAAGCACUGCUUCAACCGGGAGAAGAGCGGUGUCAAUACGGCUGUUAUCCUUGUCCAUAAACUGGUGUCCGUGUUGGAGUCGAUUGAGAAGCUGCCCGUCUAUCUGUACGAUUCGCCAGGGUCUUGUUAUGGUCUACAGAUUCUAACCCGACGUCUGAGGUUCAGACUGGAGAAGGCAUCCGGCGAGAGUUCGCUGAUCGACCGUUCAGGUCGCAGCCUGAAGAUGGAGCCACUGGCGACGGUGACGCAGUUGGAACGCUAUCUGCUGAAGAUGGUCGCCAAGCAGUGGUACGACUAUGAACGCGCCACGUUCUCGUUCGUCAGACGCCUCAAGGAGGCCGGUGUCAAGGUCACGUUCCGUCAUCAGCACGACUUUGACGAGAACGGCGUCAUACAUUGGAUCGGCACUAACGGAAAAACCUCGUUGGAGUGGGUGAACCCGGGCCAGUACGGCCUGGUGGUGGUGACGUCAUCGGACGGCCGCAACCUGCCCUACGGCCGCCUGGAGGACAUUCUGAGCCGCGACUCUUCGGCACUCAACUGCCACACCAACGACGACAAGCGCGCCUGGUUCAACGUCGACCUCGGCCUCUGGCUCAUCCCGACCGCCUACACUAUGCGGCAUGCGCGCGGCUACGGGCGGUCGGCGCUGCGUAACUGGAUGUUCCAGGCUUCCAAAGACGGCUCCAACUGGGUCACCCUGUACACGCACGUGGACGACACAUCUCUGAAUGAGCCGGGCAGUACGGCCACCUGGACCCUGGACCCGGUCCCCGCCGAGGAGACGCAGGGCUACCGACACAUUCGCAUCCAGCAGACCGGCAAGAACGCAUCCGGCCAGACGCACUAUCUGUCGCUGUCCGGUCUCGAGCUCUACGGAACCGUCACCGGUGUCUGUGAGGAUCUGGGUAAGGCAGCCAAGGAGGCAGAAGCGAACUUGAGAAGACAGCGUCGUGUUCUGCGCACCCAGGUUCUCAAGCAGCUUGUGAUCGGCGCCAGAGUGGUGAGGGGACUCGACUGGAAGUGGAGGGACCAAGAUGGCACCCCGCCUGGAGAGGGCACCGUCACUGGCGAACUACACAAUGGUUGGAUAGAUGUAACAUGGGACCAUGGAGGCUCCAAUUCCUACAGAAUGGGAGCCGAAGGAAAAUAUGAUCUGAAAUUAGCAACUGAAUGUGAUAGUCAGUCUUCCACUCCAGCCGGAAAAUGGAACAAGACAACGUCGAGUGUGGGCAGUGAGAGUGCGGCCCGAACCAGUGUGUUGACUAGUCGCAAAUCGAGUUCAACGCCCAGUCUGCCUGAUGCCACCGAGAACCAGGUGAAGACCUCGGUUGCCAGCACCGAGCAGGCUGCGUCUGCCGACAAUUUAGCUGCCAAGCAAGCCGCGCAGGCACUGGCGGAGAGCGUGCUAUCAGUGGCGCGUGCCGAGGCUAUAGUGGCCGUCAGCCAGGAGAGUCAACAACAACAACAACAGCAGCAGCAACAACAGCAGCAGCAACAACAACAGCAACAACAACAGUCGGCUGCGGCCAGUGAUCUGUCGGUGGUGGUUCAUGCGUUGAGGGGUGACCCCUCCGCGCACCCCACCACCACUCCUAGUGAUCUCGCCACCAUUGUUGAGACAUUGGCGCUCGAUGACAGCUCGCGAGUCAAUACCACUACUGGAGGCGGAAUCUCGUCGGUGUCAAAUCACCUGAGACGCCAGGUCAGCUGUGACGACAACAAACCCCCGCAGACUGCAACCAGCGUGGAAACACCAGCUGUGGGCAAGACCAAUCUGCUCACUUCAUCCAACACGGCUCCUUCGCCAACUUUAGUCAACAAGGCAGUCGCCACUACUCGUGCUAAUAAGUUUUUCAGUUCGACUUCGGAAGACUACACGACUAGCAGUGCUGGAGGCGGCGGAGUUGGAGGUGUGGAGGCGGCAACCGAUCUGCAACGGAGCAUGCGCGAGGGAACCGACAUGCUGCGAAACAACACUAACAGCUUUCUGUCUGGCCUGAUGGGUGCGCGAAGUGCGGUGCGCAUCAGUGUAGCCGCCGACAGCACCACACCGCCACAAUUGCAGGCAAACAAGCACCACAUUGUUGCCGACAGCAAGAAGGAGAAGGAGGGUGGAGGAGGCCGGGGACCCUCUUCGACCAAUCCAAUGAGCAUCAGUGUUCCCAACCUCACGUCAGCGACGAAUGCAACCAGCCUGGAACAGGCCAACCCCGCCGGACUCCUAGAGACGUUUGCGGCCAUGGCGCGGCGACGCACUAGCGGCAGUGGCGGGACUGGCGGCAGCGGAAGUGGCGGUAACGGAACAGGCGGAAGCGGAACUGGUGGAAGCGGAACUGCUGCCAGCGUGCAGACUGGCGGAAACCAGACUAGCGUGCACGCCAACAAUCCCACACCCUCCUCUAAUCCUUCCUCCCUAUUUCCGCGCGGUCCUAGUUCCGUCUCUAGUCUCGUGCGGUUGGCGUUAUCAUCUAAUUUCCCAGGUGGCCUACUGAGCACAGCGCAAAGCUAUCCUAGCCUGACUACCAGUGGUCCCACAGGCAGUGGGUCAUGCGGCAUCUCCACUACGGCCGGCGCAGGUCCACAUCUCAGCCAGGCUCUCACCAUGAGUCUCACAUCCACAUCCAGUGAUAGCGAACAAGUCAGCCUGGAGGACUUCUUGGAGAGUUGCCGAGCUCCCACCCUGUUGGCUGAAUUGGACGAUGAUGAUGAAAUGCCUGAUGAUGAUGACAAUGACGAUGACGAAAAUGAAGAUGAUGAUGAUUACGAAGAAGUCAUGGUCAGCCGGAAUCUACUCUCAUUUAUGUUCCCGGUCUCUCCGUUUCAGGAGGAAGAUAGCUACGAGUCUCGAAACAGUGGCGUGGUGGGAGGCGGCGGAGGCAGCGGAGUUGGAAGCGGUAGCGGAAGCGGAGGCGGCGGAUCGUCGGGGGCGGCGGGUGAGAGUGGCAGCGGAAGCGGAGGCGGUAGUGGAGGUGGUAAGCGACGCUCGUGGGACGAUGAGUUUGUACUGAAGCGGCAGUUUUCGGCGCUGAUUCCGGCGUUCGACCCGAGGCCGGGUCGCACCAACGUCAACCAGACCACGGAUCUGGAGAUUCCGGCGCCGGGCGGCGAGGAUACCGCCGCAGUGAUGGCCGGCGAGGCGGAGGUGGUCGUUCAGCCUAGGCUGCAGCUGGUGCUUCGCGGACCAAACAUUCCUGGCGUUCAGGAUGUGGAAAUUGAACUGUCAGAUCCAAAGUGGACCAUUUUCCAUGCAGUUCAAGAACUAAUCCAGAUGGCCGAUCUAGGCAGUAGGCAGGAGAAGAUGAGACGACUUUGGGAGCCAACCUACACAAUAAUCUACCGCGAGGUGAAGGAGAGCGAGCGUGAGCGCGACUCGAGAGAGGGCGGCGGUGAGAGCACUCCUCUGUGCAGCGGCGGGAGCAUCCUGUCUCCAGCAACACCCACUCCCAUUACAUCCAUGUCGUGUACCGUCGAGGAUGUGCUUCAGCUGCUCAGGCACCUGUUUGUCAUCAGCACUAGUAUGCAGCAUCAAAAUAACGAGCAUGACCUCAACUAUGAUAACCAAAACGACCAGCUAUCACCUGAAGAAUUCUCUAGUAAGAAAAUCACCAACAAACUGCUUCAACAGAUUCAAGAUCCGUUGGUGUUGAGCUCUGGUGCUCUGCCGGCCUGGUGCGAAGAACUCAAUCACUCUUGUCCUUUCCUCUUCCCGUUCGAGACCAGACAUUUGUACUUCAGCUGCACUGCAUUUGGCGCGUCCAGGUCGAUAGUGUGGCUGCAAACGCAGCGUGACGUGACUCUGGAGCGCCAACGUGGUGGACCGGGCCUGUCGCCUCGCCGAGACGAUUCGCACGAAUUCCGCGUCGGCCGCCUGAAGCACGAGCGAGUCAAGGUGCCUCGAGGCGACCAGCUGCUGGCCUGGGCCCUCCAGGUCAUGAAGGUGCAUGCCGAUCGCAAGAGCAUACUCGAGGUGGAAUUCGAGGGAGAAGAAGGUACUGGGCUUGGACCAACACUGGAAUUCUAUGCACUAGUGGCUGCUGAACUACAAAGGAGAGAUCUAGGCAUGUGGUUGUGUGACGACGAUGGUGACCUUGAGAAGACGGACGGUAUCGACAUCGGAGAGGGCGUGAAACCGCCCGGCUAUUACGUUCGGCGGCCGACCGGCCUCUUUCCGGCGCCCCUACCGCAGGACUCGGCCGCCUGCGACCGCGCCGUCACGCACUUCUGGUUCCUCGGCGUCUUCCUCGCCAAGGUCCUCCAGGACAAUCGCCUUGUCGACCUCCCCCUCUCGCAAGCCUUCCUCAAGCUCAUCUGCCAGGGUGACAUUCAUAACAAUAUCAACGAACGAAUUGGAUUGCUACCCAUGAAGAGUCGCAACCGGUUCGGCCUAGUCGACAACAGCAACUCUGACGCCGAUCUGAUGAUGUCCUCGUUGAUAUCCGAGGGAUCUGAGAAGGAACUCGAAUUCGAUCCUCCCAAAAUAUAUCCGGAAGAAACAAAACCAUGGUACAGCGGCGUGCUGAGCCCCGAAGACCUGGCCGAGGUAGAUCCUGUUCGCGGCAAGUUCCUGCGCGAGCUGCGCGAAUUGGCCGCGCACAAGGCGCGCAUCGCACAGGACAACACUCUGUCGCCCGAAUCGAAGGCACAACACAUGCAGAAUUUGUCGCUGAACCUGUGCAACGCGAACGCCAACGCCGGCCCUGUUGUCAGACUGGAGGACCUCGCCAUCACGUUCACCUACUCGCCCUCGUCGAAAGUGUUUGGCUUCACGUGCACCGAUCUUGUGCAGAAUGGCGCUGAUAUCGAGGUGAGCCUGGACAAUGUGGAAGAGUACAUAGACAGCACGACCAAGUUCUGCGUGGACAAGGGUUUGGCGCGGCAGAUGGAGGCGUUCGAGGCGGGCUUCAGCCGCGUGUUUCCGCUCAGCAAGCUGCGCGCGUUCACGCCGACAGAGGUGCGCGUCAUGAUCUGCGGCGACCAGAAUCCGCAGUGGACCCGCGACGAUCUCCUCAGCUACACUGAGCCGAAGCUCGGCUACACGCGUGAUAGCCCCGGCUUCCUACGCUUCGUGAACGUUCUGGUUAAGAUGACCGCCGACGAACGGAAGGCGUUCCUGCAGUUCACCACCGGAUGUUCGUCACUUCCGCCCGGCGGCCUGGCCAACCUCUACCCGCGUCUCACCAUUGUCCGCAAAGUGGACGCCGGAGAAGGGAGCUAUCCUUCCGUUAACACCUGCGUGCACUACCUCAAACUACCUGACUAUCCAACCGAGGAAAUCCUUAGAGACAGACUGCUCACCGCCACUCGCGAGAAGGGAUUCCACCUCAACUAGAUACACUAACUGCUGCGUUGCUUCUAUAAUCGUUGCUUUCAACAGCCCCCGAUAAAUUCGAAUCUGUUUCUCAACACAAGGUGAUGCUGUUGUAUUUAGAAUUCUCAAAUUGUUUAACUGGUGCCUAAGUUACUUUUAUCAUCGUUACGUUCAACAGCCCCCCGAUAAAUUUGAAUCUGUUUAUGAAAUUGGAGUACAUCGGUGCUUGAAAAACACAUGGUUGUAUUUCGAAUUGUUUAACUGGACUACAUUCGGUGUAUUGAAAAACACAAGGUUUUUUUGUAUGAAGUGUAUUGAUGUAACAAAUACAAAGUUGUAUUUCGAAUUUUUUCUCAAAUUCUUUAACUAGAGUACAUUCAUAGUGAUGCAUUGAAAGAACACUGAGGCCCGGUUGCUCAACAGACGGUUAGAUUUUAACCGUCAUUAAUUUCUCGAGAACCAAUCAGAGAAGCCAUCUUUUCAAAAACGCCUUCUCUGAUUGGUUCUCGUGGAAUUAAUCACGUUUAAAAUUUAACCGGCUGUUGUGCAACCGGCACUAAGUGGAUGUACUUCGAGGUGUCCGUAUAAUAAAGAUCAUUUCUAAAUUCAAAUACCUUUCCAAACUUUAUACAAGGUUUUGUACUUUGGGAUGCACCGUAUAAUGAAGAUUAUUUGUAAAUUCAAAUACCUUUCCAGACUUUAACUCCGGGGUGUACCGUAAUACUUUUGAAACACCUUCCAAACAUUAUAUUCAUUCAACGUGAAUAAAUAUCAUUUGUAAAUUUCAAUAAGCAGUCAGUUUGUUCUGUUAUAUCAUUUACAACUGGAAAAAUCUUUCCUUGGAUAAAGAUCACUUGUAAAUUACGAAACCUGCACACAAUUUGUUUGUUCUGAUAUUCAAUACUGGAGUACUUGUAGAGGGCCUCAUUUUUAGUUAUUUGAAUACAUCGUGGAUAUACUGUUGAAGCAACAUCCCAGCUUUGUUGCAUUAUGAUUUGUAAAUUCACGAAUAAAGGUGUAAAUUGUAAAAGCUUCCAAACCUUUGUAAAAGCAGUACACUCAUGUGUGGUGAAUCUCUAAUAUUGCUGCAUUAUGAUUUGUAAAUUUUAUGUCUUCAUUCAACGUGAAAAAAGAUGAUUUGUUAUUAAGUUUUUCACACUUACUUGAACCAUGUUGGGGGUUGAAAGUUUGUCGUGGGGAUUUUAUUUUAUUUUAGACAGGCGAGUUUUGUUUACAGCUAAUAGACAUGUGAAAGCUGGCAUUUUUUCGAGAUGGAAAUAUUUGGUUUAUGUUUAGUAAAACAGACUAUUGCAGCUGCAGCUUAUUUACAUUUUAAGACGUUUUGUUUUAGAAAAAUAUCUCUUUGGUGUUAUAAACUUAUUUAAUACAAAUGUCUACGCAUAAAACUUAUUCGGAUUUGUUCUGAAUGGAAUUUGAGAACGUGAAGUGGAAACACAGUAUAACAUGGUUUAUUAGUCUUAUUGAAUUCUUGAAGGAACUCUAUGAAAUAAUAAAAGCUUUUAAAACAAAACAAUAGGAAAUGUACUACAUCCUGGCUGUUGAAGAUUAAAAAUUAUUCAUAUUAUUAUAUUAGAUGUAAAAUAUUAUAGUAACUGUGGAGAUGGUAAAUAUUCCACUUUGAUUAAAUUUUCAGGGAUGUAAAUACUUACUCGUACCAAGGAAGCUGUCAGUUAUUCUCUAAACUAUUGUGAUUAAAUAUUUACCACGUAUGCCACUCCAUAUUUUACUGUAAUGAACUUAGUGAGGAUUAAAAAAUAGAAUGUGAUCUACUUAAAUCUAUUAAAAAAAGAGUCCUAUUAUAUAUUAAUGAAGAUAUUGAAAUAUAAUGUUUAGUUUUAUGUAUUAUGUGCAUAAUAUGGCAAAGAAAAAUAAAUUGGAAACUGUCCGA